UAUGAGCUCUCCCUACUAAGGGUGAUGCGCGCGUGGAAAAUCCUUUCAGUGCGCGGAAAAUUCGUGCCGUGUCCACCCCAAAGAUGUCGUCUGAUCAUUUAACGGCCGUUAAAGUUCCGGAAAAUCGCUUCGACGAGGCGAUCCAUCACUUGAAAUGGAACUUUUUCUCCGACGAGCCGCUGAACCGCGCGGUAGAUCUCUGCGAUAAGGGCGAGAGCCAGUUUGAGCUCGAGAGACAUUGUCUGCUCACUUUAAAGCAGGGAUACUCGAGGAUGCUGGUGGAUCAGAAUGGGACGAUAGCAGGCAUGGCCUUGAACGGUAUUUUGAAGAAGGGAGAACGCGAGGAAGCUGAACGUCGGCUCACCGAAUUGAGCGACGAAAAGUUCAAAAUAAUAUUCGGACUCCUCUACAAGGUCAACGAGAAGGUCGACCUCUUUACCAAGUAUAAUGUCGACGAGUUGUUCGAGUGCCGCAUCCUCAGCGUAGAUGAGAACUUCCGUGGGAGAGGUCUGGCGAACAUUCUGAUGGCGGACAGUAUAGAGACAGCGAAAAAUGCCGGCUUCAAGGUGUUCAAAGCGGACGCUACGGGGAUGUUUUCCCAAAAGGUGUGCUUGAAACACGGUUUCGAGGUGGAGGCAGAGAUCUCGUACACGGAGCUGGACGAGUCGAUCAGACCGGCUCCGCCCCAUCAAGCCUUGAAGCUGAUGGUAAAAGUGUUGAAUUAAAGAAAGAAAGGCGAACGAACGAAAAUCGUGCGACACUAUUACGAGAAAUCUUCGCCAAGCAGAAAAAUCUUACGAAAGAAAACACCGUAGAGUAAAACUAUGUGUAUCGUUACGCGACAAUAACAGCUCUCUAAUGUCUAAUGUAUGUUCGUCUCAAAGACGUUUUCCAGAAGUAAAUCAUUAUUCUUAACAACGGGAAGCGGGAUCGCGUGUCUUGCGUAGAGAGUGUUAAACAAAAAUUCAAGGCACCGGUGUCUCUGCUCGCUCUUUCUCUUCCUCUGUAUCUCGGACGAUGUGUUGUUACGCGAAAAAGAAAAACAGGAAAACCGAAGGGGGGAAAAAAAAAGAUGAAACUAAAACGAAACACAGUAAGAGGAUCUAUGUUUAGAGUUUCGUUCGCUGAACUUUUGUUCCGCAUUCUGUUCGUUGCAAACGAACCGACUCUACGAGGCUGGUCGUUCUGGCUCGCGAUGCCGACGAUAAUACGAAAUCAAAUUUUUAUGUUUGUACAGUCCGUGGACGACGAGGAAAACGAAAAUCGCGUGUCAAAUGUUAUAGUUUGACGAUUUGUUGCGUCUUCAACUACAUUCUGCAGCUCGCUGUUGGGACAAAUUGAAAGUAUAUUGUAUACGUACGGUACACGAGCCGUCAAGAUUUUUUGAAGUUUCGUGUACGAAUUUUUUUACAGCCGUCGUAGGAUCCACGAUUUCUGGAUCCGUCUGUAACAAUUGAUCGAAUACAAGUGAUUUAAUAACUCAUGGUUUCAGGAAUUAUGGAUAACGGGUCCAUUAUGAGUAUAAACUAAAAAAAAAAAGUGACAAGGAAUAUUUUUGUUGAUAUCACAUGUUACGAAAAUAUAUUACAAGUUAUUUUGUAAGAAUAUCCGCCAAAUAAAUAUUACAGUUUAUAAUUA